UUAUUCUGAAUACUUCAACUGAUCACAAGUGCAACACGCUAAACAGUUAAAAAUACAUAAAUCUAUUGAAACAUCCAAAUACAAAAAAAAAAAACAAAUUAAAAGUUCCAACUCAAAACAUUCCAUCCAAUAAGUACUUUAAACGUCUUCUAUUGCUCGCGCUGGCUAUUUUUAUUUUUAGUUAAUGAUUUCAGUGUUUCUUCUUGUGUGUUUUCGGACUUAAACGAAACAAUUAAAAGUUGCAAAUGCAAUAAUUUUGCAUUAAUUUUCAUCUUCAUUAUUGUAGUUUGAUAAACAAAAAAAGAAAAAAAUAAUAAUAAAACAUCAGCAUUAGCAAAAGAGUUCUACUUGAGUGCUUCUACACAGACCAUUUAAAAGACGCCGCUGACCACGCAAAUAGUGAAAAUUACCUUUAGUUUCACUAACGUUUUGCCAUCCAUACCAAUUGGUGAUACAAGUAUUCAUUGAAAACGAUUUUUAUCUUCACACCAAACGACGCUGGUGUGCCAGUGUAAGCAACAUGAAGUUUCCAACCGCUACGUUAAUACAAUUCUUAGUCAUAUUUGCGUUGAGAUCAGCGAAUGAUUUUCAAGUGGAAGCCACUGUGGGUUUAUAUGGCCCGGAUAGAUAUGAAGGUUUACCAGAAAUCUGUUUAAUGCCCAUGGAUUUCGGUUAUUGUCGUGCCAAGGUACAACGUUACUACUUCGAUAUAAGACGCAUGAAAUGCAACAUGUUCUUUUGGGGCGGCUGUGCCGGCAAUGACAACAAUUUCAAAUCCAUUGAUGAGUGCAAUGACUUCUGUGGAGCUCCUUAUGAGGACCAUGUCCUCAAUGAAGUGGUGGCUGUGAAGAAGGAACGCCCCAUUGCCGAGGGUAGAGGAAGUUCCAAUACCAAAUAUAGUAAUGCUAAUAGCAGAGACAGCAGUGUUUCCAAAUCGGUGCCUAAAUUCUCCAUAAAACCAAAUGUCACUUCUAAAGAGACCGGUUACAAGGGAUCUUUUAAGGCCAGUUCGAAAAGCUUUAAUGUAAAUCCAACACCAAAAUUAAGCAGCAACAAUAAUCCUUUAGAUACUAUGGAUGAUGAAGAUUAUGACGAUUAAGAGAAGUAGCUGGAGUAUUUUUGAAAUACUUAUGAAAUUAUAUACAUAUUUAUUAUUUAAAUUUUUUAUUUGUACAUGUAAUUUAAUAAAUUAUAUUUAAACAACAGAGAGUUGCUCUGUGGAUAUGUAGAA